AUGUCUCAUCGCGACGUUAUCCGAGAGAUAAUCAUCACGCCCGUGGCAUUCCAUGAUAUGCCCCUUUUGAACAGUGUCGGCGUGCACGAACCUUUUGCCCUGCGCAGCAUCGUUGAGGUCAUCACAGACGAUACUUACGGCCUGGGCGAAUCAUAUGGUGACUCGACUCACCUGUCUCGUCUACAAUCAGCAGCAGAUCGUAUCAAGGGCAUCACAGUGUAUGACACCAAUGCUAUCUACCAAGCAUGCGUCGACUCUCUGCUGGGAACCACAACCACCGGCGGCGAUGGAAUGGGGGGCAUGGUGACCACUGCGAGUGUCGCUGACAAAGUCUUCUCUCCAUUCGAGGUCGCAAGUCUCGAUAUCCAGGGCAAGUUGGCAGGUGUUCCUGUGAGUGCCCUGCUGGGCGGGAGAGUAAGGAGCAAUGUCCAAUACUCGGCAUACCUCUUCUACAAAUGGGCCGGGCAUCCGGGCUCUCCCGACGACGAGUACGGUGCUGCUCUUGACCCAGCUGGGCUCGUGAAGCAAGCCCGUAAAAUCAUUGAUAAGUACGGCUUCAAAGCCAUCAAGCUCAAGGGUGGUGUCUUCCCACCUGCCCAGGAGGUUGAGGCCGUCAAGGAACUCCACGCCUCAUUCCCUGGCGUGCCUCUGAGGCUAGACCCCAAUGCUGCAUGGAAUGUUGAAACAUCGAAAUGGGUUGCCAAGGAACUCACGGGGAUUGUCGAGUACCUGGAGGACCCAGCCCCCGAGAUUGACGGCAUGGCAGCGGUAGCGAAGGAGGCACCCAUGCCCUUGGCCACCAACAUGGCUGUGGUCGCCUUCAGUCAACUCCCCUCGUCCAUUCGACAAGACGCUGUUCAGGUGGUUCUCUCCGACCAUCACUUCUGGGGUGGCCUUCGCAAGUCCCAGAUUCUGGGGUCGAUAUGUUCUACCUGGGGCAUGCGUUUAUCCAUGCACUCCAAUAGUCAUCUGGGAAUUUCACUCGCCGCCAUGACUCAUCUGGCGGCAGCAACGCCCAAUCUUGACUAUGCCUGCGAUACGCACUGGCCUUGGAAACGCGAUGACGAGGAUGUUGUUCUUGAUGGCGCUAUCAAGUGGGUCGACGGCGGUGUCGUCGUGCCUACAACCCCCGGGUUGGGAGUAGAACUAGAUAGGGAGCGGUUGGCGCGUCUUCACAGGCAGUACAUCGACUGCGGGCUGCGCAAGCGAGAUGAUACGACUUAUAUGAGGAGGUUUCAACCAGAUUUCUCGCCUGAUAUUCCCAGGUGGUGA